GCUGAAGGUGGUCCUGCACAGAUACCAGAUGAUCUGAGUGGAUCUAUCCUUGGUCUAGCUCCUGUAGUGCAGAUGGGGACUGUUACUAGAGCAAGUGCCCGGCUUCGAAAUGUGCAGCCAGAGGUUAAUAUAGAACGAGAACAUGAAGGUCUUAAGAAGCCUAAGAAAACAGCUGAUGCUGCCUGUACAGAUUCAGCUGCAGAGAAACCAGAACACCAAGAUUCAGACGUAGAAAUGACACCUCUGGAAGCAGCAGCCAAAUCAAACUCAUCAGCGCCGCCGCCUUGUUCAGCAGAAGAUCCGCCUAGAAAAGAGGAUGACGAAGCUUGUGGGGAAGAAGAAGAAGAAGAAGAAGAAGAAGAAGCGAGUGGUGAUUGUUCCCAAGAUUCUGUGAAGUCAGACGAAGACGUCUCAAGAAGCGAGAUAGAAUCUGUAAAGGGAAUGCUGAUGGAGCGUACUGAGAACUACAGCAUUCCGCAGAUGGAGAGGCUCUACACUCGAGUCAUGAAGGGUGUACUUGAGUCUCUGGACAAAGGGCCUGGUGAUGGUGAUGAUGAUCAAAGCCCUAAGCAUUCGAUUUUGAGAUUUUUAUCGGAAUUCGCUCAGCUUCAAGCGAAUUUCUGAGGCUUAAAACUUUUUUUCUUAUAUCGGUUAGAAAUCUUAAGAAAAAGAAUGACAGGAACAAAUAGUUUUUUUUUUCUAACUUUUCUAAACCUGUGGAUUUUUCUUUUUUAAUUUGACUGGCAAAAAAGUUGCAAAGAACAAAAAAGGUAGAAGCUAAUCA